UCCCCUCUACCUUGCAUACUGAAGCGUCAGGCGAAUUUCCUCAGGAGCAAAGCACCUUUUGAACAGCAGCUAAGAUGACGCUCGCCAAGUCAACCCUCGCUUUCCUGUGCAUCGCAUUCGUCAUCACGGAAACUGUCUUCGCUCAGCCGGUCCAAGUUGCGGACAGCCCGCUGGUGGUCGCGGAUGAAGCAGAAGCUUCCGCGCUGUCAGCCGAUGAGUUGUCUGUACACGAAUUUUCUUUAGAUGAACUACCAGCACUUCGGCAGUUCUUGGAUGAAACAGUAGUGGACGACCAAAAAGAUUUCGGACUUCAAGAAGACCCAAACCGGAGAGGGCGCAUUGUGUGCCGACGUAAUCCAAGCGGAGGACUGACAUGCUGGUUUUCGUAAACGUACUGAACUCGCAGGGCUGAGGAGAAAACCUGAUGACGGCGCUCCGAGCUGUGAAGCGCGCUUACGAUACGGAUUGUUCCAUCAUCAAAAUAAUAAAUAAAAUUUUCAACAUAACGUGCAAUUAUAUAAAC